AUCAGCUUUCUUCAUCUAACGCUGUGUGUUUUAGAAAACACAUAAUAUUUAGAUUUUGUACAUGUGCAAAAAUAUUAAAAUAAGUGAAAAUGGUGACAAUUAUAAAUAAAAUAUGGAGUUUUAAUUCAUCUGCUUACAAUAUUAGAAUAUUUUCUAGAAGAUCAUUUAGACGCGCUUACGGUACAAAUAUUGAUGACAAAUCAAUAGACAUCUCAAGAAUAAGGAAUUUCAGCAUUGUGGCUCAUGUUGAUCAUGGUAAAAGCACCCUAGCUGAUAGGUUACUUGAGUUAACAGGAGUUAUAAAACCGGGAAAUGAAACCAGCCAAGUUUUGGAUCAAUUACAGGUGGAGAGAGAAAGAGGAAUCACUGUUAAGGCUGUAACAGCGUCGUUAAAUUACAAAUACAAUAAGAAAGAUUAUCUUUUAAACCUUAUUGACACUCCUGGUCAUGUUGAUUUCUCCAAUGAGGUUGUCCGUAGUGUGAAAGCAUGCCAAGGAGUAAUAUUCCUAGUAGAUGCCAACGAAGGUGUCCAAGCCCAGUCAGUUGCUGUUCACUCACUAGCCAAAAGGAACAACUUAGUAAUAAUACCAACACUAAAUAAAGUUGAUUUGCCUCGUGCAGACCCAGAAAACACAAAGGCCCAGUUAAAAUCACUUUUUAAUAUUGCCCCAGAUACAGUCUUAAGUAUAUCUGCAAAAAAAGGAUGGGGAGUCAAGGAGUUGUUAGAAGCUGUUAUUACAAGAAUACCUCCACCGAAUGUAGAUUUAAACGAGCAUUUUCGAGCAACAAUAAUAGAUACUUGGCAUGAUAAAUAUAGAGGAGUAUUGUGCUUGGCAUAUAUUGAGUCAGGAUCAAUACAAGUUGGACAGACAGUGAAAUGGAGAUCGGAUUUGAAGCAGCAAACUCUGAAGUAUUUGGCACUGUUACGACCAAGCGAGGAACCUAUUGAAAAGGCUGUAGCAGGGCAAGUAGUAAUGGUAGGUUGUGGACCUAAAGGAGGUGGAUCCGUAGGCGACGAAUUGUUGUCUCUAGCAUCAGCUGAAACAACGAAAGUAGCAUCUGCUCCUACAGUCAAACACAUGGUCUACGCUGGUAUAUUCCCCGCGGAUCAGUCUCAGCACACACAGCUCAGCGAUGCUAUAAAAAAAUUAGCUUUGAAUGAUUCAGCUGUGAGUGUCAGUAUAGAUUCCAGUCCAGCUUUAGGCCAAGGCUGGCGGAUUGGUUUCCUUGGCCUCCUACAUCUGGAUGUGUUCACACAACGCCUAUUGCAAGAACACAAGGCUGAAGCCAUACUGACAGCCCCAUCUGUGCCGUAUAAAAUUAAAGUGAUGGGUGCAAAAACGAUAAAACAGUUCAAAGGGGAAGAAGCUAUCAUCACGAAUCCCUUGCAACUGCCUGAUCCCAAUAAUAUUGUUGAGUAUUACGAGCCAUUCGUCAUAGGUACAAUUAUAACGCCAGUAGAAUACAUCGGCGCUGUGAACACUCUAUGCGUGGACCGUCGGGGAACCCCUCGCCCUUCCAGCGCGGUGGAUGAGAAGAUGAUGAUGUUGCAGUACAUCCUGCCGCUAUCAGAAGUCGUUGUGGACUUCCACGACACACUGAAGGGUUUGACCUCCGGAUUCGCCAGCUUUGACUAUCAGGAUUACGGGUUUCAUCCGAGCUCUUUAGUUAGAAUGGAUAUACUAAUAAAUGGUGUCCUAGUGGAUGAAUUGACGACAAUAGUCCACACCAGCCGUUUAGAAUACAACGCCAGAAAUAUGACAGCGAAGCUCAAGGAAAUGAUACCAAGACAGAUGGUGCAGGUUGCCAUCCAAGCGGUUGUUUCCGGCAAAGUAUAUUCUCGGGAAACGCUGAAAGCGUAUAGGAAAGAUGUCACCGCUAAACUUUAUGGUGGUGAUGUGACGCGACGAAAAAAACUAUUAAAGCAGCAGGCGGACGGAAAGAAGAAGAUGCGUAGUGUUGCCAACAUCAAAAUACCGAGAAACACGUUUAUAGAUGUACUAAAAAGAUAGUAGGUUAAUAUUUGACUAAGUAAAAACUAUUAGUUUAUCAA